UAGUUCAGAACUAUGCAGGUAGUAGUGGAUAGAGAACAAAUGAGAUUGUUUUAAAGUUGCAUUUAAGUUUUGCUAUUCUGGAAAUCUCAAAUCAAUAAUAAACUGAACGACAAACGUGUCGUAACCGUUCUCCAUAAAAUUAUUAUUUAAUUAACACAUAUUUUGUUAAAUUCUGCCACCAUAAAUAAUUUCAAAAUGCCUAUUCAAUGUAGUGUCGGUUUUGUAUUAAUAAUUUCCAUAUUUAAAGGAUAUUCAUUUUUUGAACUGAAAGACCAUCAGUUUCCCGAAAAUUUGUUAUUUGGUGUGGCCACCUCAGCGUACCAAAUAGAAGGAGCAUGGAAUGUGCAUGGUAAAGGAGAAAGCAUUUGGGAUCAUCUUACCCAUAGUUACCCUCAUCUUAUAAUAGAUGGUAGUAACGGCGAUGUGGCAUGCGAUUCUUAUAAUAAAGUGGAAGAAGAUGUAGCCCUUUUGAAGCAACUGGGAGUAGACGUGUACCACUUUUCCCUUUCCUGGACCCGAAUUCUUCCAAAUGGAUUUGCUACUGAAAUUAAUAAAGAUGCAAUCAAUUAUUAUAAUCACUUGAUUACAAGCCUGCUAAAUAACGGUAUAGAACCGGUGGUUACUUUGUACCAUUGGGAUCUCCCGCAGGUUCUUCAAAAACUUGGAGGAUGGGCUAACGUUAUCAUGGCCGACUAUUUUCUAGAUUAUGCCCAAGUAGCUUUCGACAAUUUUGGGGAUAAUGUAAAAUACUGGAUCUCGUUUAGUCAACCAGAAGUUUUUUGUGCAGCUUAUGGAGCUUCUAAACAUGCGCCGGUUAAUGUUAAUGCCGAUGGGUUUGGAGAUUACCUUUGUGGGCACACCGUUCUGUUAGCCCAUGCAGCCGCUUAUCGAUUAUAUAACGAAUCUUAUAGAUUUUCCCAAGAUGGGUCUUUUGGAAUAGCAUUGAGUGGAAAAUGGUUUGAACCAAACAGUACUUCAUCAGAAGAUGUCCUUGCCGCAUACAGGAUGCUGCAAUUUACGACUGGUUGGUUUGCGAAUCCACUGUUCAAAGGCGAUUAUCCCGCAAUCAUGAAAGAAGCAGUGGCCCAAAAGAGUCAGGAGCAAGGUUUUCCUUAUUCAAGAUUACCAGAAUUUACUGAGGAGGAAAUUAAAAAGAUUAGAGGCACCGUAGAUUUUCUAGCAUUUAAUUAUUACACAACAGAAAUGGUUGCGAAUCGGUAUGAGGAUGGAAGAAAUAGCGAUCCCUCUUGCGAAUUGGAUUGCCAUGUUAAUAAAUGGGUGGACAAAACAUGGAAGAGAACUACGACAACUUGGUUAAAGGCGGUUUCUUGGGGAUUCCGAAACGUUCUAUUAUGGUUAAAAGAUGAGUAUAAUAAUCCUCCAAUUUAUGUAACUGAAAAUGGUUUCGCAGAUUUGGGUAGUCGUCAUGAUGUUAAUAGAGUAAAUUUCCUGAAGUACCAACUAAGUGCUCUUUUAGAAGCUAUAGAAAGAGGCGUCAAUAUCAAGUCGUAUUCAGUUUGGAGUUUAAUGGAUAAUUUUGAAUGGACUAAGGGCUAUACAUAUUCAUUUUUUGAACUAAAAGACCAUCAGUUUCCCGAAAAUUUGUUAUUUGGUGUGGCCACCUCAGCGUACCAAAUAGAAGGAGCAUGGAAUGUGCAUGGGUCUUUUGGAAUAGCAUUGAGUGGAAAAUGGUUUGAACCAAACAGUACUUCAUCAGAAGAUGUCCUUGCCGCAUACAGGAUGCUGCAAUUUACGACUGGUUGGUUUGCGAAUCCACUGUUCAAAGGCGAUUAUCCCGCAAUCAUGAAAGAAGCAGUGGCCCAAAAGAGUCAGGAGCAAGGUUUUCCUUAUUCAAGAUUACCAGAAUUUACUGAGGAGGAAAUUAAAAAGAUUAGAGGCACCGUAGAUUUUCUAGCAUUUAAUUAUUACACAACAGAAAUGGUUGCGAAUCGGUAUGAGGAUGGAAGAAAUAGCGAUCCCUCUUGCGAAUUGGAUUGCCAUGUUAAUAAAUGGGUGGACAAAACAUGGAAGAGAACUACGACAACUUGGUUAAAGGCGGUUUCUUGGGGAUUCCGAAACGUUCUAUUAUGGUUAAAAGAUGAGUAUAAUAAUCCUCCAAUUUAUGUAACUGAAAAUGGUUUCGCAGAUUUGGGUAGUCGUCAUGAUGUUAAUAGAGUAAAUUUCCUGAAGUACCAACUAAGUGCUCUUUUAGAAGCUAUAGAAAGAGGCGUCAAUAUCAAGUCGUAUUCAGUUUGGAGUUUAAUGGAUAAUUUUGAAUGGACUAAGGGCUAUACGGUUAAAUAUGGUCUCUAUUACGUCGAUAUGUCGGAUGCAAAUCGAAGGAGAACACCCAAAUCAUCAGCCCAUUUUUACAAAGACGUUAUUUCCAACAGAAAAGUGGUACACGAGGUCCCAAAACAGAUGUCAGAUGCAUCGAAAACUUCAAAGAAUAUAUUUUUCACUAUAAUGGUCAUCUUGGUGGUACUAAUUCUAUCAUAAUUAACAUAACAUUGAACCAUUAUAAUCGUGUUUAAACAAUAGUAUCUAUGUAUCUGCGAUAUAAGUUUUAUUAAUUACAUGUAUUUUUGAAAACAACUAGUAAAUCAUAAUUUGUAUUAUAAAGGUGAAAAAGAUUAUGAGUUUAGUUUCACAGGGGUUUAUCUACAAGCGUCUACAGCAGCUUCAUUAAGCGAUGAAAUAGACGUGUACAUAAAUCCUUUGAUAUUUCAGUGUUUUCCAUUUUUAUAACUGCUAUAAUCAUCAAGGUCUAAAUACAAAUUAUAUUAGGAAACAGAUUUAAGAAUUACAUAACAAACAAAACGAUA